UUUUGUGUAGUAACGAUAAAGGCAAAGGCAAGAAACAGCACAUUUUCAUGGUCAGCAACAAUAAGGAAAUAAUCCGUGUCCGUGUGAAGUGGGUCCAAAAGAGGUUAUUUCGACCACUGGUAUAAAAUACUUAUUUGGACAUCAUCCCGUCCACUUGUCAGUGAGGGGCACGACAAGGUUACCACUUUCGAGCAAAACCCCAACUUAUACACCUUAUAGAGGAGAUUUGAGAUUCUGUGCAUGACCCGAGUGUUUGGGGCCGAUAAAUCAUGGUGUUCUGUGGCAAACCGAGCAAAGGCUGCGCGCACUGCCGAACUCGUCGGAUUAAGUGUGAUCUGCUUCAGCCGGCUUGCAGCCAAUGUCUCAGGGCCGGUAAAGAGUGUCCUGGUUAUCGAGACCAGCUCGCGUUGAUGUUUCGAGAUGAGAACGAGAAAGUCGUUACUAAAGCCACAAUCCCAAAAGCGAAGGCAGAGCCGCGGAAACGUCCUCGAGGACCUAGCCCUGGAUCACGAAGCGAGUCUGCAAGUCCUCCCAGCCUAAGUCCAGGCCAAGUAGUGUUCCAGCACCGGAUAUUCCCACCCACGACGUUGCAAGAUGAAGGGAUCCGGUUCUUCUUCUGCAACUAUGUCAAUACAGGUAUGGAAAAUUUCAAAACCCGUGCCGAUGCAGCAGAAACAGCGAUGUUCCAACUAUUGUUCCGCAGCGAAUCGUUCUCCAAUGCGGUGUCUUCGGUGGGGUAUGCGGGGUUAUCAAACGUGAGCAAAGAUCCACAACACAUGCUUGUAGCUAGGAGGAAAUACGCGGCAAGUAUACAAAAUAUUGCGCGAGCUCUAGAAGAUGUUGCCAACUCUGAUUUGGACGCAACGCUGAAAUCAGUGAUGUUGCUUGCAGCCUUCGAGAUUGUCAACGGUACUUCGCGCAGUAUUGGUGUUGGCUCUUCAUGGGCCGUUCAUAUCGAAGGAGGUGCAGAGAUAUUGAAGAUGCUGGCCAUCAAAGAACCAGAACUGCUCCCCAGGCGACGAGGCUGGAUUCAAUUCGUUUUUGCCGUGUACAUCAAAUCUUUGUCAAAAGGAGAAGAAGCACCAUCCACCAUGCACGACUGGUGCGAAUCUUGUGGGAAAAGUAUGAGCUCUGAAGACGCUCCUGCAAUCAGCCUCGCCCACAUUGCCUAUCGCUUCACGAACCUGCACGCUUCCAUCAGGAAUAAAACUCUCCUGGAUUCAAAUCUUAUUCUUCUUGAAGCCCUCACACUCGAUUCGGAAUUGGAAGCUUGGCAAAAAGCGCUCCCCGCGAAGUGGAGGUUCACCACAACACCUGCUCCCGACAACAUGCACUUCACCUUUCGGGGACAGAAACACACUUAUGAAGAUAUGUGGGUGUCCAGAGUGCUCAACAAUUAUCGCUGGGUACGAAUUCUGGUGAACGAGCUGCUCCUCGUUCACAUGGCACAGCUCGGGUCAUUUGCUAGCGAGUAUGAGUCGCAACGGGAGAGAUCACUUGAAAUUAUCUCGAGAAUGGCGAGCGACAUAUGCAUCUGCGUCUCUGGGACUUUCUUCCGCACCACCCCUGUUCCAGGUGCAAGGUGGACUAUUCCGGCGAUGUCUGGUAUUUUCAUGGUACUUUUCCCCCUGGCUGUGGCGGGGUCAGCUUGGGGUGUUAGUGAAGAACUUCAUUGUUGGGUAAUCAGUGUGCUAGAAUUCAUUGGAAACCGAAUGGGGAUUUCGCAAGCGACAGCAAUGCUGGAUUUGAUUCGUUUGCAUAGGAGAGCUUUUGAAGAAGACUCUGAUGAGUUUCAUACCAUAUCGGAUUUGUGGAUCGCAGAUGCCCUUUCACCCUCUCCCAGAUUCUGAUCUGAUGUCGAACUUCUCAAUUACGUUUGUGCUAUGCAUAAUGAAGAAGUGUAAGAUAGCAAGUCCAUUAGAUCUAGAAUAUGAAGAUAUUUGUGUG